AUGAGAAAAGUAGGGAUUCUGGACGAGUUUCUAGCUAUUGUCAAACAUGAAUCCAAACGGAAUCAACAACUCACCAGUGUUUUAGCCAAAUUUGGAAUUAAAAUCGAUGCACAGUUUUAUCGUCAACUCAUACAGCACGAUUUAUUGACACCUCUAGUGGAAGUAGUGAAAGAAAUUCAUUACGAUAGACAAGUCAAAGAGCUCGACAGUUUGAAACGAUCCUACGAUGAAAGUGAUGCAAGUGGCGAUGAAGAGGAUCAAUCAAGUAAACGAUUAAAACUUACUCAAGAAUAUCUGACUGAUCAUAUACCUGAACUGUUUUCACUUCCUUCACUAAAUGAUAAUGAAGAUGAUGAAUAA